AUGCUUCACGCUCCUUCCGGCAGCUACUAUAGCUGCCAGUAUGACUACAUCAUUGUCGGAGGAGGAACUAGUGGAUUGGCCGUUGCCAACCGAUUACCGUCUGUCUUUGAUAAUAUCAACGUGGCUGAUAUCGACCGUCUUAAGUAUACUUAUGACAGCUCCAUCGACUGGGCAUAUCAAACCACACCACAGGCACAUGGUGGAAAAACCCAAGUUCUGCGCGCUGGCAAAGCGCUGGGAGGAGCGAGUAUCAUGAAUGGUAAGUCUGAAAACGCCAGCAACCCCAACCAAAUGCAGAUUGAAGCUGGUGUUUCAGUUGAUCCUAAGUACCAUGGCUCCAACGGACCGCUGUCUGUUGGUUUCUUUGAUCAACACAAAAAAUAUCAUGAUCUGACAACAGAUUCACGAUUCACCUGUCAACUGGAUGUGGCAAAUAUUCGUAACGAUGCUGCUCGUGCAUAUUACUGGCCGUACGCGGAUCGGCCAAAUUUACACGUGAAACUGAACAUGUUUGUUAACCAGAUAGUAUGGGAGGAUCGUAAUAAGGGAGAGAAAGAAGGGAAUCUUACUGCUACUGGGGUUGCAACAAACACAGAACGUGGAAAAGAACAUGUCAUCCAUGCUCAGAAGGAAGUCAUUCUGGCUGCUGGUACUCUGCGAUCUCCUGCUAUUUUGGAGCUUUCUGGUUAUUCUCCAAAGCAUAACAUCCCGGUGCAAAUCAACCUCCCCAGUGUGGGAGAGAAUCGAGAGAAUCUACAGGAUCAACUGAAUACAUCAACAGUUGUGUCCACGAAUACACCUUUAACGGGAACCGGAACAGUGGCAUUCGCUUCAGCAUCCGACAUCUUUGGGUCAUUGGUAGAGUCGGUUGCCGCAUUGACAUGGUCACAGCUAGCCCAAUAUGCCAACGACACUGCUAAUGAGAGCCACGGGGCCAUGAAAACAGAGGACCUCCAAAGGCUGUUUGAAAUCCAACAUGAUCAGAUAUUCAACAAAAAUAUUCCUGUUGCUGAAUUUGUUUUUAUCCUGGAGGGGGAUCAGUCAAUUCAUACUGGAUACUGGGGUCUUAUCCCUUUUUCCCGGGGAAAUUCUCAUAUUGCCUCUGCUGAUCCUACAAUACCGCCGGUUGUGAAUCCUAACCAUGGCAUGCUGGAAUCGGACGUUCAGAUUCAGAUUGCCAUGUCCAAGUUUCUCCGCAGAAUGUGUAAGAUGGGCGAGUUCAGCGACCUCAUUGCCAAGGAAUCAUUACCAGGGUUGUCAGUUGUUCCUGAUAAUGCAUCUGAUGAAACUUGGGCAAAGUGGAUAGGAGAGCAGUAUACCCCAAACUACCAUGACCAGCUGAAGGUGUACGGGACUACAAAUGUACGAGUAGUUGAUGCUAUUCAGCCGUUGCAGCUUUGUGGUCAUCCGAUGGCAAACCUCUAUGCUAUUGCGGAGUGGGUGUCAGAUAUUAUCAGAUGCAACUGA